AUGGCUGCUGACAAUGAACCGGCAAAGCUCCUUUUACCUUACCUUCAAAGAGCCGAUGAGUUGCAAAAGCACGAACCCCUCGUCGCUUACUACUGUCGAUUGUAUGCGAUGGAACGAGGUUUGAAGAUUCCUCAGAGCGAGCGUACCAAAACCACCAACGCUUUACUUGUUUCCCUCAUGAAACAACUCGAGAAGGAUAAGAAGUCAUUGACGUUAGGGUCUGAUGACCAUCUACAUCUGGAGGGUUUUGCCUUGAACGUCUUUGCAAAAGCAGAUAAGCAAGAUCGAGCUGGGCGAGCUGAUUUGAAUACUGCGAAAACUUUUUAUGCAGCAAGCAUUUUCUUUGAAAUUAUCAUUCAGUUUGGUCAACUUCAGCCUGAUCUUGAGCAGAAACAGAAGUAUGCAGCAUGGAAAGCGGCAGAUAUUAGGAAAGCUAUAAAAGAAGGGAGAAAGCCCGUACCAGGUCCUCCUGGGGGUGAUGAAGAUCUAUCAUUGCCAUCAAGGACAUCAAGUGGUGAACAUGAUCUUGAUCCAAGCACAAAUGAUUUUGCUGUCAGAUCUGAACCAGGCAUGACAGAUCCUGCUACAAGAGCUGCACCAGAAUCCGAUUCAUUUUCUCAGUCGUAUGAUAAACUCAAGUCGCAGCAUUCUACAAACAUUUCUCCAUCAGCAUCAAAUAUCACAUUAUCGCCUUCUUCGAACAUGUCACCACCACCUCAAUAUCCUACCGAUGAUGCUUACCACCAGCCAUCUAAAUAUCCUACUGAUGACGCUUACCACCAGCCAUCUAAAUAUCCUACCGAUGACGCUUACCACCAGCCACCUCAAUAUCCUACCGAUGACGCUUACCACCAGCCACCUCAAUAUCCUACCGAUGACACUUACCACCAGCCACCUCAAUAUCCUACCGAUGACACUUACCACCAGCUACCUUCAAGCAACAGAACAGAACAUUCUCCUUAUUCUCAUCAGCCAUAUCAACCUCCACCCUAUCACCAAGAACCACAGCAGCACUUGCCGCAACAGUACCAUCCUCACGACAUUCCCCCAUACUCGUAUCCUAAUUUCCAGUCAUACCCUAGUUUUACCGAAAGUAGCCUUCCUGCAGCUCCAUCUCAUUACCCUUCUUAUCAUCAAGGCUCUGAUACUUCAUAUUCCAAUUCUUCACCAUCUAACACUGUCAACUCUCCAUCAACUACUCAAUACAAUUCUAGUGGCAGGAAUGGGGGCUUGUCAGAAACUUUACCAGCUGCUACUCAAUACAAUUCUAGUGGCAGGAAUGAGGGCUUUUCAGAAACUUUACCAGCUGCUACUGCUGCUACACAAUCGUACCAAUAUGACAGCAGUUACCAGCCUCCACCAGAGAAAAUUGCUGAAGCGCACAAGGCUGCAAGAUUCGCAGUUGGGGCUCUGGCAUUUGAUGAGGUUUCUGUUGCGGUCGACUACCUUAAGAAAUCACUUGAAUUAUUGACAAAUCCAUCAGCUGGGCAAUAG